CCUGCAGCCUGCUAGCGGGGCAAGGCUGCGAAUCGCCUCAAGUCAGCUCCCCUUCUUUGUCCCCGCCUUCGUCACCUCGAAGACCCUGCGUCACACCAGUAUCGAGUACUUAACCUUGACAACCUACAAAUCUACAACCCCGGAGAACACGGCCGUGACACUCAGGAAAGAGGCUUGAUAUCGAAACAGAUCAAAGUAAACAACCCUCGAACCCCGCUAUCAAGAUGAACUUCAUCCACAGCACCCUCGAUAAAGUCCGGGAAUGGGCACCAGUUUCGCAUACCUCGACCUUCCGACAGAACGGACAGAUCACCCCGGAAGAGUUCGUCGCUGCAGGCGAUUAUCUCGUAUAUAAAUUCCCAACAUGGUCUUGGGCGGAUGCUUCACCAGCUUCCAAGCGCGCAUCGUAUCUGCCUGCGGGCAAGCAGUUCCUUGUGACUCGGGGCGUGCCAUGCCAUCGCAGACUCGAUGAUAACUUUGCGGGCGAUGCUGGUCACGACGAGACGAUGGUGGGCGACGGAGAGGACUUUAAGAGCGCUGGUGGGCACUCGCCCGGCGAUGAUGAGGAUGGUUGGUUGAGAACUGGAGGCCUAGCUGCGAGUCAGGAAGCUAGAGCCAGAGAUGUCAGAACGGUGGAUGAGAGCGGAAAUAUGGGCGAGAGAGAAGAGGAUGACGAUGAGAUUCCAGAUAUGGAGGACGAGGAAGAUGAUGAGGAAGCUAUCAUCCGGGAUCCUAAGGCGGACGGAGCAGACUCAUCACGAAGAACCUACACACUUUACAUUGCGUAUACCCCAUACUACCGAACCCCACGACUCUAUCUUUCCGGCUACCUUGCCAACUCCCAACCUCUGCCCCCACAACUUAUGAUGGAGGAUAUUGUCGGAGAUUACAAGGAUAAGACUGUCACUCUGGAGGACUUCCCAUACUUCAGCAAUAACAUCAAGAUGGCCUCUGUUCACCCCUGUAAGCACGCCAGUGUAAUGAAGACAUUACUUGACCGUGCAGAUGCCGCUCUCAAGAUCCGUAGAGAGAAGCUGAAGCAAGGAAAGAUCCUCCCAGGAGCCAAGGACGCUGGUAUGGAAGGUCUGGUUGAUGACUUCACAAAGACUAGCUUGGGACCUGAGGACAAGAAGGCUAUCUUGGAGGGCGCCAAGGCUGGUGGAAAUGGAAAUGAUGAAUGGGAGGUUCUGCAACAUGACGCAGAAGCUGCGGAUGAGGAGGUUGCCAUUCGUGUUGACCAAUAUCUUGUUGUGUUCUUAAAGUUCAUGGCAAGUGUCACUCCAGGUAUUGAGCAUGAUUUUACCAUGGGAGUUUAAGCGGGUGAAGGGUCUGGGUUGAGGGAGGAUUGGGAUGGCAUUCUGAAUUAUUGGAGCUACUCUGGCGGAUUGGAUGCUUUGGAGUUACGGCGCUGGGAGGUCACGACUGCAUACGAAUAUGCCAUAGAUAGGCUCGAUGAAUAGGAAAUUGAUGAUUCCACAAUUUUGAGCUAGAAUGCUGCGUGCUAUUGCAGUAGGUGUGACAUCUGUGGACUUCGUAAGUAGUUUGGCUCUCAAGACGCGUAGUGUCACAGAAUAGGAGCAAGUGUCUUUGGCAACUACUAAAAAUGCAGCAGCAAAAUAAAUGAUCCAGAAUGAGGUUCCAGUGUAUUGCAAGAGUAUUGCAAGAGUAAGCCGUUAACUGUAGGAGUCUCCUCUUUGAAGACAAAUCAUUCUAUUUAAAGCGCAUCGGCUGCCGUUCCAGAGAUUCGGCGACUUCAACAGGCCCAAUAGGUAAAGUUGAGAGAAAAUGGCAAAGCGCAGAGGAGAUGAACAAGAGAAGUUUUGAUCAGUGUGUUACAUUUAAAGUCAAUUUAUGACACAAUAUUCCAAUUGAAUUGGCAAUAAUAUAAAAU